UAUCUUCUUGAAGAGGAUUUCCUGAUGCCGCCAUUCAAGCUGCACCAUUCCCACCUCUACCUCUCAUUUGCUGCUGGGUUUGUAGACUGCUCCAAGCUCUCUUUUUCCGUUUUCCCAUUGCCAUCUUCCCCACUGCCUGUCCCAGGGAAGCUUUUCUUUUUCCUUCUACAAGUCUCUCCUCAUCUAUAGUGCACUCGGUCAAUGGGAUCAUGUAACCAGAUCAUACCUGAUAAAAUAGUCACCUCUGGCCUCAAUUCUGCUUCUAUAAAGCAGGGGUCACAGUACAGGAACAUUUUGAUUUCCCUCCAUUUGGGUGACUAAAAUAGUGCUCCCUUGCACAAACAGUGGAUGGAGGGAAGCAAACUGAGACCGAAACUGCCCAGAGAACUCGCAUUGUUGCCUGUGUCUCCCCUGGUGUAUUUGUGCUGUAUUUACCAGUGACUGCAAAUUAAAGUAUUACUUAUGCAGAGCAAGCUGUAGGUGUUACAGCUCACCGAGUUAAAAUGCUGGGAGCUGGAGAGUCAUUUUAUGUUAGUAGUGGCAAAAACUUCAGCUGGCUGGGUUUGGGCUCUGACACGAUGGUUUUGGGGCACUUCUGUGCUGGUCCUGGGAGUGGGGAUGCUCCUCUGGAGGCCACAGCCGCCUUACCCUACCGGCGGAAGGUGUUGGGGAAGAGCCAGAUUUUUGCUUAUCGGGUUCUUUUUUUUUUUGUCCCGGUUGCGGAUUUUGUUUUGGAGACGACGCUGCCGGCGGUGCGCGGGGGGGAGGCGGGCGGCCGUGGGUGUGGCGCCGCCCGUCCGCUCAAAUAGCAGCGGCCGGGGCCGGGCAGCCGGAGUGGGUGGCGGACCCACUUCCCAUCAUGGUGAUGACGGCGGCGGCGGCGGGCGGCUGUCCCGGCGGGAGCCUGCUGAGGCGGGCAGCCGGCGGCUCCCCCGGCCGCUGUCCGCGGCGACCGGUGUGGCGGCGGCGGCGGUGGCGACCGGAGGCAGCGGCGGCAGCGCCAGCGGUAUGGGGGAGCCCGCAGGAUCUGCAGGCCUUCCGCGAGUACGGGGAGAGCUGGUACCGCUCCCGUAAGGGGCUGGAGAGCCGCUUCCAGCCGCAGGAGCCGCUCGCCCGGCAGCCGCAGGUAAGACGGGAGGGACAAGCGGGGACGGCGGCGGUAGACCGGUGCCGGGCCCGCCUGACCCCCGGUCCCGGUUCCGCAGGUGACGGCGGAGGCGCGCUGCAAGCUGGUCAGCUGGCUCAUCCCCGUCCACCGGCACUUCGACAUCUCCUUCGAGGCGCUCUGCCUGGCCGUCAACACCCUCGACCGCUUCCUCGCCACCACCCCCGUGGCCGCCGACUGCUUCCAGCUCCUGGGCGUGACGACGCUGCUCAUCGCCUGCAAGCAGGUGGAGGUGCACCCCCCCACCGUGAAGGAGCUCCUCGCCCUCUGCUGCGGCGCCUUCACCCGCGAGCAGCUCCGCAACCUGGAGCGCGUCGUCCUGAACCGCCUGUGCUUCGAACUGUCCGCACCCACCAUCAGCUUCUUCCUGGAGCACUUCAACCAGGUGCGGCUGCAGGAGCUGGGGGCCGACGCGGUGGAGGCGGCGAACGCCCGCAGCCUGGCCGGGGGGAUGGCCGAGCUCAGCCUGGCCGACUACACCUUCAUCAAAUACACCCCCUCCCUGCUGGCCGCCGGCAGCCUCGGGCUGGCGGACCGGCUGCUGGGCCACCGCAGGCCCCUGGACCUGCGGGUCAGCGGCUACUCGCAGGGGCGCCUGCAGGAUUGCAUGGACCACCUGCAGGUCCUGGUGUCCCUGAACGAGCAGUCCCUGCCGCCCCUCCUGCCCCCGUGCUUGGCACAAAAGUGCCCCUGGCUGUGGGGCAGACACUGACUGCGGGGUGCUAACAGCAAGGCCACCCCGUGCCUUCAGCCACCGUGCUGCCUGCCUCGGCCCUGGGCUGGGCUGGCUCCGUGCUGUCUGUCAUUUGUGCUCUGUAGAGCUGAUGUAGAGUCUAAUUGACAAAGUGUUUGCCUCUUGUUUUGUAAAUGUUUUAAAGUAAGAUCACGUUUUGCGCGUGGUGUUACUGUAUGUCUGUUGCACUGUCCCUUUGCUGUUUUUUUUUUUAAAAAAAAAAUCCAGCAUGUACGUACUCUACAGAGUCUUAGGUAAUGCAUUAUUUAUUUGGAUGGUCCAUAAAGAUGAGGAGGGA